UAUUUAAAAAAAACGUUCUUUCAAAAGUUUCUGUUUAACCCUUCCUUUUUUUGUAACCUAGCCGAACAGCUGAACACAGGUAACAUUUAUCAUUUACAGAGAUUUUUAAUAAGAAGUGUUAGUGCUUAAUUGCAACAAUUCAAGUGCUGCGAAUGAGCCAGGGUACAUUGCACCUCAUAAGCACGUCUUGCGUCUGCGUUCCUAGUUUUUUCCUGAAUGGUAUGCCAUAUGACGCCACUUCCACUCUUUGGCAGCGCAUCACCCCGCAAUCAGUGACUCUAAGAAAGUUACAAAACUGAACCAGAAGUCGAACCAGAGGCAGAGCACCAUCUGGCACUGUCCUUUGUCUGGUCGCAAGACAGAUAAAAAAAAAAAAAAACACAGUUAGACAAAGACAAACACGGUUGGGCAUGACAUUUUAGAGACUAUAAACCAUAAAAACACAUUUUCCCAACGUUUUAAUGUGAAGAUUGUCACUACAAUAAAUUAUUAAAAUAAUUCCUUUAAAAGUGAUUCAUUCAAAAGUACUGCAUGGACACACCUGCUCUUUGGAUAAAAACAUCUACACAGAGAAACAAAGCGAAACAAAUUAAAUAAAUGUAAAAGUAUUGCUGCAAAAAAGUCAGAACUUCAGAAGGUCUUGCGUUGACGUACAGGAAAACACCUUUUUUAUUUUCAGCUUCCACAUACACACAUCCUCCCUCCCUCUCUGUGAGCUUCUCUCUCUCUCUCUUUCCCUCUGCCCCCUCCAUAUCCUUACCUUUUUUUUGGAAGAUGAUAUGGGGGGACCCAGAUGCUGCAUUUCACUGGCCAAUGGUGAGCAGAGAGGGGCUGGAUUGGUGUGCACUCCCAAUGCCCCUUCUUUUAAAAACGGCUCAGCUCCUGUCCUCCAACUCAACAACUCAACACUGCUCUGCUCGGACAGCAGCAUCACACACCUGAGGGACUGAGGCGCCUGCUUUUUGAGCUCUAAAAGCUCUUUUUUUUUCUUGCAUUUUAUGUCAAUUUGUGUAGAGAAUCAGAGAGAGAGAGAGAGACAAAUAUCAUCUAUAAUUGAAGGUGUGGGACCAUGUUGGAAUUAAAAAAGGUGGCACUCCUGCUGUCUUUCCUGGCUUCAGUGGCUCUGGGCCAAGGAUUUGCGAGAACCAGGAGUCAGUCAGACAGAAACAGAAGAGCAGCCAUCAACGCCUUCACCGACACGCAGUCAACAGGCGUGACAGAGUGGACGUCUUGGUUCAACAUCGACCAUCCAGGAGGGAAUGGAGAUUACGAGCGCUUGGAGGCCAUUCGUUUCUACUACAGGGAAAGGGUCUGUUCCCGGCCCACAGCCAUGGAGGCUCGGACCACAGACUGGGUGGCAGCUGCAGACACGGGAGAAGUGGUCCACUCUAGUCUGGAGAAGGGCUUCUGGUGCAUCAACAAAGAACAGCCUCAGGGCCGCAUCUGCUCCAACUAUCAUGUCCGCUUUCAGUGUCCCCCAGUGCAGAGUUACUGGACCGACUGGAGCGAGUGGGGUCCCUGUUCAACAUCCGUCUGUGAUGAUGUAGGCAUCCAGGUCCGCCAGAGGAAAUGUGUCAACACCCAGCCAAUGCCUCUCCUGCUGGUGCCAGCAUGUCAGGGGCAUCAUUCAGAAAGGAGGGAGUGCUCAAACCCUCCCUGUACAGCCAAGUGGAGUCCGUGGGGUAGGUGGGGAACGUGCUCAGUGACCUGCGGAGGAGGUCGCAGGAUACGGAGGAGGACCUGUGUGAGAGACUCGGGGACAGUUCAUUGUGCUGGACGGCCUGUUGAAAUACAGAAAUGUGGGAAGGGUCAAUGCCCAGCCAAAUGUCAGAUUGUGUGCACUGAGGGCCGGCCCAGUGAGGACUGCAGCAGGUGUGUGUGUCAAGGCCAUGUGCUGCAUGGAGAGGUCCACACUGUGACUAAUGUCCCUGUGGCAGGAGCAUGGGUGGCUCUGGCCAAUCAGCCUAAGGUGAUCCGAGCGCGAACAGAUGCCAAAGGUCGGUUCAGGCUCCCAGGAGUCUGCUCCUCCAGCUCUACCUUGAUCUCCAUCCGGAAAGAGAAGUUCGCCCCGAUCACUGUGUCCACCUCCAGUAACACCACAGGGUUGUCUUGGGUACAUGCUCUCCUCAAGUCUGCUGAGAAGCCGUACAUUGUGAAGCACCCUGAGGACAAAGUACGUUAUGAAGGAGCGCGGGUGCUGUUUUGCUGCAAGGCAACUGGAUCACCAAUACCUGACAAAUACUACUGGUUCCACAAUGGGACUUUGCUGGACAGGAAGGUGUACAAGUAUGAAGAGGACCUUGUACUGCGUGACCUGAAGCUGGAGCAAUCAGGACAGUACUACUGCAAAACCAGCAGCCCUGCAGGCAGCAUCAAGUCCUCUCCAGCCCUCCUUACUGUGAUUGCUAAAGGAACACCAGCAUGUAAUUCAACCCCUGAGACGCACUUUGUCAGACUGCCACCAGACUGUGUUCAACCUGGGACAGACUCCAUGUUCUACAACGCUGGCCGCUGCCCUCACAACAAAUGUGCUGGCUCCCUAGACUUUGAUAUGCGCUGCAGAGAUGGAGAUGGGUUCUGCUGUGGGGUCCAAAGUAUGGAAAGUCGUACAAUUGACUGUGGGAGCUACGACCUCCCUAUCCGGGCUGUGACCCAGUGCACCUGUCAGAAGUGUUUGCAGCCAACUGUUCUGGUUCGUGGCAGAGUGGUCACAGCUGACAAUAAUGAACCUCUGCGUUUUGGCCAUAUCUACAUUGGUAAAGACAGGGUUGGCACUACUGGAUACCAAGGAAGUUUCACCUUAAAAAUUACUCCUGACACACAGCGAUUAGUGGUGAACUUUGUUGACCCCACUGAAAAGUUUCUUGACACCCCUAAGGUGUUCAUCUUUGAUAGGAAAGGUGGUUCCAUCUACCAUGAUGUAAAGGUAAUGAGAAAGCAGACACCAAUUGAUAUUAAUGCAGGUGAGACCAACUCUAUUUCCCUUGGUGAAAUGAUAGGGGAAGACCCCAUUGGUCAAUUGGUAAUUCCUCCAAACUCUUUCCACAAGGACAAUGGAGAAAUAUAUGAGGGAACUGUGAAAGCCAGCGUCACAUUCAUUGACCCAAGAAAUAUCACUACUGCCGCUGCAGCCCCUGGUGAUCUUAACUUUGUGGAUAACGAGGGUGACAUGCUUCCUUUGAGGACCUAUGGCAUGUUUUCUGUGGAUUUCAGAGACGAGACCAACAAAGACGUACUUGGAGCCGGAGCUGUUCAAGUCCUUCUUGACACACAGCAUGUCAAAAUGCAAGAGCACAUUCCCAAAAUGAAGCUGUGGUCUCUAAACCCAGACACAGGAGUCUGGGAAGAGGAGAGCGACUUCUCCUACACCACAACUACUGGUGGCCACGGACGGAGCAAACGAGAGGAGCGCACAUUUCUCAUAGGCAACAUGGAGAUCAGAGAACGUCGGCUUUUUAACUUAGAUGUGCCUGAAAACAGACGCUGUUAUGUUAAAGUCCGUGCCUACAUGAGUGACAAGUUCCUAUCUAGUGAGCAGCUAGAGGGUGUUGUGAUAAGUUUAAUAAACUUGGAACCAAAACCAGGUUAUUCCUCCAAUCCUAGGGCAUGGGGACGCUUUGACAGUGUCAUAACUGGACCCAACGGAGCCUGUUUACCAGCUUUUUGUGACGCCCAAAGGCCUGAUGCUUACACAGCUUAUGUUACAGCAAUGAUGGGUGGAGAAGAACUGGAGGCAGCUCCUUCCUCCCCCAAGAUGAAUCCAAAUAUCAUUGGAGUUUCUCAGCCAUAUCUCGAUAAAAUAGACUACCAGCGCUCCGACCAUGAUGAUCCAGCUCUGAAGAAAACGGCCUUCAGAAUCAACUUGGCAAAGCCUAAUCAAAAUAAUCUAGAUGAAACCAAUGGGCCAAUAUAUCCUUAUCAGAGUUCAAUAGCUUGUGAGAAUGCUCCUGUUGAUGCAAAUCACUUCAGAUUCUUCAGAGUUGAAAAGGACAAGUAUGAAUACAAUGUUGUUCCUUUUGAGGAGAAUGAUUUAACAACCUGGACAGGGGACUACCUCUCCUGGUGGCCUAAUCCCCAGGAGUUUAGAGCUUGCUUCAUUAAGGUCAGGAUUCAAGGACAGAAGGAAGUGAUGGUCAGGUCAAAGAAUCUUGGAGGAACACACAAGGAAACAACAGGCAAACUUUAUGGCAUAAGAGACAUUCGCAGCACCAGGGACAUGCGAGAAGCCAACACCUCAGCAGCCUGUGUGGAGUUCAAAUGCAGCGGCAUGUUGUUUGAUCAAGCUGAGGUUGACAGAUCCCUAAUAUCAGUCCUUCCACAGGGGAACUGUCGCAAGAUAGGCACAAACAACCUCCUACAAGAGUAUCUCAUCAAACAUCCACCAGUAGCUCAAAACAAUGAAUCCAAUGCAUUCACGAUGCUAGCCCCGGUUGAUCCUUUAGGACACAACUAUGGCAUCUACACAGUCACAGACCAGAAUCCUAGGUUGGCCAAGGAAAUUGCUAUAGGCCGUUGCUUUGAUGGAACAUCAGAUGGUUUCUCCAGAGAGAUGAAGUCAGAUUCUGGAGUGGCAUUGACGUUCAGCUGCCCAGAGAGGAAAAUUAGCAGAGAAAGCCUUUUCCAACGUCUGCAAACCAACCCAGGUCAGACACUAUCUCAGAUGGCAAGGGACAUGCGAGAAUCUGAGGGUCUGCAGGUGCAGAGAUCAUCCACCCGGGUGGUGGCCUAUCCUUCAGAGCAGCGGACCGAGAGUCGCAGAGUUAGCUCUACAACAAGGAGAAGAGUGUCUAUGCGCACACAACAACGCCAAUAGAUGUGCCACCAAGUAGGCUAAGAUGAUAUAAUGGAUGGUUCAUUGCAUUGAUGGAAUUAUUCAAGGAUUCUAUGCUAUACAAUUCUAGGACUUUAGUAAAGACUGUUCUGAUGGCAUCAUGUUGAGGAAGUAAAAGUUUCCCAUCAGUUGAGGAGUGUGAACUCCCUCCUGACUAUGGAAAUGAAAAAAAACAAGGAAGACAGCAUUUCAGCAAAAUCAAUGAAUUGAAGAGAUUCAUUAGACUUUUAUUUACUUGAAGGGUUUGGUAUAUAAAUUUUCUCCCUCCCUCCUUUUUUUUAAGAAAUGCAAUGACUGGCAUUCACUUGAUUAGCUGUGGUCACAUUUUUUUGAGAAAUAUACUUUAUUGAUGUUGAGAAUGGAAGUUUAAUAGUUUUAAUUCUGUGGCAUUCCACUGUGGGUGUUUUGCUGACGUCUCUCUACACUUGGAUAGAAAUCAAACCUCCUUAAACUAUAAAUAUUACGCUAGUCCCCCGAACAAAUCAUAAUUGGCCAUUGCUUUCCACUGAACUUCUACACAGCAUCAAAAAAGGAAUCAACUUGAAAUCCUUGUUGCAAGUACAGUGGACACUGAGCCCUUUUACAAACUGGGAAACUCUCUCAACCUAUUAACCUCUCUCCUGGGUAUGCCACAAAGGGAACAGAGGAUGUUUUCAGUCACGCUUGUUAAAAUGUUUUUUAAGCAUGCCCUAUUGCCAACUGUGAGUCAGCCACAUGUCCUUCCACACCUACUUAAAAGUACAAGAUCCAAACCUUUGCUUAGACAAGAAUAGAUUCUCAUUGCUAAGAACUGGUUGUUUAAAAUUAGAAAAUUUGAGCGUACAUAAGGUAGGACUUUUUCAACUGCACAUUCCACAUUAGCAUCACGAAACAAAAUGUUACUCAAAAUGACAUUUUCCAGAAUAUUUUUUCUUUCACAGAAGCCAUUACAGAGACUCAGACUUAGUGUCUGAAUUAACCUUUUUGUGUUAUUGGGUAAUAUUUUGGGGUAAUAUUGUGAGCGGUCAUAAGUGCAAUAACUAUGUAAUUUAACUUAACAAUUCUUAAUGAAGCCUUGAAGACAAAUUCAAAGUACAUAGCAAGUGCUUCUGUUCAUUUGAGCAAGAACUCCUUCAGUAAGCGUAGCUGAAAGUUUGGUCAAGGUGUUUGUACAAGAUCUUGAAUGAGACUUGUUUUGAGUUAUUUUAAGCAAAUAAUUUAACAGCUUUGUAAUCAUUUUUCAAUUCUCUUAACUGCAUAGACUCUAUAAACCUCUUUGUAUAUUGCUGCAUGACUGUGUUGAUUUUACAAAUUGUACACCAUAGCAAUCUUUUCAACUCCAGAGAGCAAUUGUAUUUGUGGAGGUCAAAAUGC